AUGAUGACGGCUAACGUCGAGUCCCUGUUCGGAAGGGACAGGGAAGAGGCGAGGAUGGGAGGUCGUGAUCCAUCGCCGGAGACGCGAGGGUCGCAGGAGAAACCAUCGCCGGAAAUGGAGAAGAGAGACGGAGGCAGUGCUCCUCUGGCGGGCGGUGCGGCUUUCUUCGAAGUGACGACGAACCGGAGGGAGGAGCUGAAGGAGAUGGUAGAGCGGAGCUCGCCUCAUUGCCGUGGGAGGAGCUGCUGGCUGCCGGGGAGAGGCGCAACGACGGAGACGGGAGGCGAGCUAAGGAGGAAGAAGCAGUCGCCGAACUUGGGAGAGGAGAAGGGCGACAGGUUGCCCCCUCUUGCAACCCUAGGUUGCGCCGCAACUGCUAGCGGCCCCGAUGGGUUGGGUGGUCUGGGCCAUAGGUCUGGAUGGGUCAACGGGAGUGGGCCGGGUCGAAGCCAUUAG